UGGCGCGAAACGCACCGCGCGUUUUUGGCGCUUGUUUGCUUGCCUGACCUCGCUUCCCUUGCUCGGUAUAUCCGGUGUGCGAUUUGGUGACUGCCGUCGUCUCGCUCUCUCGCCGCAUUCUGGAAUUCAUUUCGCGCUGUCGCAACAGCGGGACACCGUCGGGGCAAAAGAAGACGCCGAGCCUGCUCGUCCCUUCGACGCCCGCAGCAGCAACCCGCCCACCCGUCGAAGCAGGUGUCUCGCGACCGCUGGUUUGCAUACAUGUUGUCGCGGUUUCAACGGCGUUUGACUCCCACUGCGACGACCGCCGCGACAGCGUUCCCGCAUGGCAACAUGGUGCGCGACUUCUCUCAAGGAUAGCGUGCUCGCUUGAUACGCUGCGUGAAGCGAUCAACGAUACGAUGAACGAAGACGACUCCACAACGGCCGCCGCUCCGGCGUCGUCCGCGGAAAACAGCCCAGCUCGUGCGCGUAGGGGUGGACGUACGCGCGGCAACAGGCUCGCCCGCAGCCUGUCAUCGUGCAACUGUGCUUCGUACUGCUACUUCUCGCUAGCCCUGGUGCUUUUCUCGCUGGGCACGGUGCUCACCAUACUGGUGCUCGAUGAUAGCGAGCAGAUGUUUCCGAACCUGACUCACAUGUGGCUUAUCGGGCCGAUAUUCAUUAGUUCGGGACUUAUGUUCGCCGUGAAGACGAUCAUGUACCUACGGAGGGAGACCAUGAUCGCCUAUCUGACGAGGCAACAUUCCUUGCUACGCGAGCUUCAUCUCGUGGCUGUGGAGCCGGGCUUACUGAGGGGUCUUCAACAAAGGGCAGCAUCCCUGCCACCUCCGUACGAGGCAGUGGCGACAGGCUGCGACUCUCCCAUGUGCCGUGGUUCGACAACGGCCGCGGCAUUUCCACUGCUCAUGGCUACCACGGAGGAGGACCCACCCUCCUACGAGGAGGCACUCCUGCUCAUUCGUGGUGGCUCUGGAGCCUCUCCUGCUACAACAAAGACGUUGCCAGAGCUAUCGCCACCGCCACCGUCGACACAGUCUCCCGCAGCAGCGCCUGUGACGGUGAUUACAGUUCAGGAGGACUUGCCCGACCGGUAGCUGUCAUCCAUGCACAACCCUUUGGGUGACAGCGUUCUGGUGGCUAGAUCUGCUUUGCGGCAUGUGACCCCGUAACGAACGAGUGCACCACUCGGCCACUGUUAUUCGGGGGUUAUGCUUGCUUUUUCCAUAUUGCUGUGAUGACGACUUAACGACUCGGCUUCGAGCAUUGUCGAUUCUGAUUCCGCAUUUGGUUUCAACAACGCGGAGUUCGUUGGCGAGUGCCUUGUUGCAGUGUGAACAAAAAAAAAAGAAAGAUUUGUGAUGUGUUUAGAGUGAGUGACGUGUGGGGAUUUCCGAUAGAUAGUGAAUGUGUUUCGGUGCUUUUGGUACUAUUUGAUAGGGACUGCUAGAGGCUUGGUUGACAUGGAAGAUGAUAUGCUCUCGAGCAGGUGGGAGGAAAUGUGCAUUUAAUUAACAGCUCUCCUUCGCCGACUGAUGCAAAAGAGCUGUCACUAUAAAGGAGGCUCAGUGCGCACUCUGAUCUUGUAUCUAAAGAUGUAUUUCUUGUUUGUAAUGGCUGACUGAACACAUUUUCGACCAUGAUACCUUGUUUGUGGAAGCAGGUUGACUGUCCACCUCUUGGCCUUCACUGGAACUAACAACUUGUCAUUCCGACUGACUGAAAUGGCAUGUGAUCUAACCUCUGCCUAGACAGAUGUGCAAGACCUCAUUCACACAGUUGCCUUCAGCUCUGUCAUGUCACUGUCAUUUGCCCAUGUUUCUACAAGAGUAGAGUGUCCUCGGAGGCGUUUGCCUCCUGAUCAACGGCAGCCCACAAUGUUGACCACCGCUGUCGUUUGCUGGACACCAUUUCUCUGUCGUUUCUCUGAUAAUGGAGUACGUUGAUGUCGGAAAGCGUUUGAUCGCAACGCGCUCAAACGUUCACUGCUCCCACGAAAAUUCUCCGCACGCUCGUCGUAUCCUCAAAUCGACUUAUGAUUAUGUCAGUGUGACCGAAAUCCGACUGUAGUCGUUCACAUUUAAAGGAAUUUAAGUGUGUUUACUAUGGUUCUUAGCACAUUUAUUCAUCUUUCAAGCACGGUAAGUGAACCUGCUGCACCUGUGUGAGGUCUCGACUUUGUUGUCUGACCGUUUUGGCUGCAUUUGAAUCGUGAGGGAAUGCAGAAGCAUUUGUGUACUCUGCUCUUGAUGUACUGUAAAGAAUCUUAGGCGGCCAAGGUUAUUCUGACGCCCAUCAUUACAGUCUCUUAGAGAUCCUGUGUUGCUUUCGUGCCUUCAGUCAGCGCAGUCUUGGUAAUUAUUAAGGCAAAAGUGUUAAGUGCCUCAUCAGAUGCUGGCCACAUCGUGUGGUAUAGAGACAUGACCACAAUAGAAAUCAAAUGAAUAAAAAUCAGGGUCUGAUCUGGUACCGAACCCCGAUUGUGCGUCGCAGUUGAGUAUUUCAUCACAGAGCCACACCAGUGCUUGAAAACUUCUGGGUAAAAGACCCUACACAGUAGUCAUGUCGGGCAAGGAGUCGCGUUAACAGAUGCAAUAUUGCGGGGCAGAGUCGUAGAAUAGCGCGAGGCAUCACGCAGUGUGAAUUGCGUAAUGAUUGGUCGGUUGAAUGCUCCCAACGCAUUACAAAGGGCUCGGCUGUUGUUCAUAAUCCUCAUCAGCCACAGCAUCAACAAAAGCGUUCGUGUCACUUAGCCUAAAGUCACAUAACCAUGUGCACUUCCUUGAAAAAGAAGAAGAAAGGAAGAACAGUUCAAUGAAGGGCUCAAUGAAGGGCUCAAUGAAGGGCUCAAUGAAGGGCUCAGUGAAGGGCUCAGUGAAGGGCUCGAUGAAGGGUUCAAUGAAGAGACAAGGAAGGUGAAAAGGCUUUCACCUUGAUGUCUCUUUGGAAAGACCUAGGGACCCCGGCAGUUUGUUUGCCUAACAACUGAGCUAACUUUCCUUGGCCUUAUCCAAGGCAGGAUUCAGUAUUCAUGUACAUUUUGACAUCAUUAUAUGCUGCCUGUCAAAAUGCUAUUUCAUUGCUUUUUGGGCAUGUCUUGGAUGGCUACAGGUUGGGUAGGCUACAGGCUGGGAACGUGGGUUGGUAGCAUUCUAUGACUGCAGACAUAUUGUGAACCAGCAAGACAGCAAAGACUAGACAGCAUUUGUCUACCCUCUGGCUUUUUUUUUUCUGUCCUGCCUGUGCACAAAGUGUGUGCUGCUGUGGAUGGGACGGACAUGGCAGCAUGGACGAAGCGUGGCACUAAUUUAUGUACUGGUCAAGCCGCUUGAGGCUCGGCUUAGCUGUUCCUGUUCCAGGCUUUGUGAACUGCUUUGGUUUGUUCGAAGUUCCGUAAUGGCCAGACUCAUCUGUUUAGAACCCAAGGUGGUAGAAGUGUACAAUGCAGUUGUGUUGGACUGUUUUCACCAGAGACGACACUGUCCUCAAAUUCUCGUGACACGAACUUUGCGAGUGGAGUCGGUUUCCAAGCUAUCUUGUAGGAGAUAUUUGUUCUGAAAUUCUCGGCUUGGCUGCUGUCCUCACACCAGCGAUCAUUUUUUUCUGCACGGCAUGUGCAAUAGUUUAAAGCUGCUUGGCAUAUCUGUAAUGGUGUUCAUUGCUGGCAGUGCUGCUUUACAGCAUGAAAGGUAUGUCACUCUCUGUUAUCAAGGUAGUGAAGGCAAGUGUGUUCAGUAUUGAAUACAGCGAGUUGCUUUGUGAAUAUUUACUUGUUCUUGGCUGUGGUAACAGUCAUGUUAGACCAAGCGUUUCUCUAAAGCAACCAUUCAGUAUCUUUACGGUGCACACGUUGAAGAGUGUCAUGGGUUUCAGACGUGCGUACUAGCAUGUACAAAUAAAAUGCAAACUGAGGAAUUCAAACAUUUAUUUGGCAUAUUUCGCAGAGGUGCAAUUUUUCAUGUACUGCUGGGAAUGAUUAAUUGCACGGUUAUCGUAAAACCAAGUAAGAAACCAACGUACGGUCUUUCAGUCUGACCAAUGUAAUUCUCUCAUUUUGCUUUUAUUUGUCUAUGGUAGCAGCACAUAGUCUGGUAUUAAAAAAAAAAAACAUGCACAGUCAUACCUUUGUAAUAUGCCUGUUAUAAAGAUAUGUUGGAAGGCCUGGGUAAUUUCAGGAAUUGGAUACACGAGCAUGUAAGCUAACAGGCCUUCUAUAGGACAACACCAUAAGCACAGAUUUUAGAAUAACCCCUCCGUGUCUACAAAGCCGCAUCGAGUUCCCCAGUCAGUGUAACAGUGUCAUUCUUUUAAGUGCUCUUUGUGAUAAAUUAAGCGCAGUGGCCUUUGUGGAAGUAACAUAUCUGUGUUGAAAUUACUUAUGCUUAUGGAAAGCCUGGAUGCAAAAUGUAACACAUGCUGUACUUGAAACUAUUGUUACUGCCUUGUGUAUGCGAUGCCGGCAUGAACUAUAUCUAGGGAGGCAAUUGAUGAUCUUGUCAUGUUGAAUUCUCUACUCACUGAACCUGUGCAAUUCCAGUUAUACCCACUGACUCGGUAACUAUGGUAUUUUACUGCAGAGGUUAUGGGUCUGGUUCUUUUCUGUAGUGUUUGCACUGCAUUUGGGGUCUGUAUGCAGGGAUGUGCAUGCGUCAGACUUAGUUUAUUGUUUAAAGAUCCUUCAAGGAGAAAUUGGUUGGGAAGUCUUUGCUAAGAAUUCUUCCUCUUUACCGGAGCUCCAGCGCUUAAUUAUGAGUCAAACACUGCUCAGUUUUAUCUGUUCUUUGAGCCCCCCAAGUUCUCAAGUGGUUUUGAGUGAUAAGUUGCGUAUGCCAUGUUUCAGGAGGUGGGGCCGUUCAAUGGUGCUAUUACGUCCCGCUAGCUGGGGAUGCCUGACAAAGUUCAAUUUCUCGCGUAUAAGCCCUCUUCCUCCAUAUAACC